GCAUCUGAAGCGCGCCCGUUGAAUGGUCAAGGUCGUUUGUCGAGACUUACAAAUGGAAAAACAACCGUCCCUUGAAGUGUUUUCUGUUGUAGAGCUAGAGGACUUGCUAUUAAGGCAGAUGAAUUUGCAUAAAAGCCUUUUUUCGAAGUUACCUGAUUCCGGUGAAAAAUUACAAAAGUCUAUUCAAAAGAUUCAGUCUGUUCUAACCGAGAAAAAGAACUUUGCUCCGCUAAAAACUACUGAAGAACUUACACCAUCAAAUAUCCAAGGAGGUAUCACCCGUAAACUAUCAAACUCUGUAUCAAAAAUCGAAGAAAAUAACUCAACAAAUGAUAUUGAUGAAAAUGUAGCUGUUGAUUCAGUUGAUGUUCUAUCCAACGAUCUGGCUAAAAUAUCCGUCAGUUUAUCUAGUUGUGAUGUUACUGAUUCAUAUUCGGAUAAUACGUAUGACUCUGUCCCGUGUAUGUCAUUUGAAGAAUAUGCCGUUAUCAGAAAAUCUUUAAAUCUUCCUUGCUCAUAUAUGUUGAACACAUUUCGAUGGUUUACGUUUGCUAUUCGAUUUGUAGGAGAUUUGGUAUAUCUGUCCGUAGUCGACUGUAGGAGUCCAAACAGAAACCUUCUACGUGUUGGCCUCUUCAAAACAUGGUUUCCUGGCAUGGAUUCACCAAAUACAAAAUCCAAACCCAUCGAUAAUGUAAAAAUGAAGAAGAUGACACUUUAUCAGCCAACUCAAGCAUUACACGAUUUAUGGUUAUUUUUAACAACAAAACCCAGUCAACAUGGAACAGUAUCAUCGUCAUUGAAUAAUGAAGUAUGUUGCCUUAUCUGUUAUCCAUUCGACAAUAAUGCCAACACUCCAAAUGAUAUAUUAUACCUUAGUCGACUGAUACGUUCUACACGUCAUUCAAGUAUUGUUCGUUCAAUUCAACCAUAUGAUUGUUACUUUACUAAUGCUCAGUGUGCUUUAAUGUCAAUUGUCUCUUGUUCGGAUAACAGAAAUGCUACUGAUGAAAUUGUCAAUUUUAUAAAUGAUAUGAAAAAACGGAAUUAUGAUUACGAAUGCUUAACCGAUACUACUACUACUAAUAAUAAUAAUACUAGUAGUAAUGCUACCAAUGAUGGUAAAGUGACUAUCGAUGCAGGUCAACAUCUUAUGGAUGAGUGUUGUAAACUCUGUGAAUUCUUAUUUACUCAAGUAACCAGUGGUGAUAAUGUCAGCAGCACAGAUGGCGAUAUCCAACUACGUCAUUUUAGAAAUCCAAUGGAAUAUUUAAAGUUAUCAAAAGUUAAAACAAUGAUGUGGAUGGAGGCUCCUAUGGAGUUAUAUCUCUUACGGAAGCUCAAAACUGCUUGUAGUAUAAUGACGAAAAAAUCUACUUCAACUACAGAGAACAAUGUAUCCAAUAACUUGAAUAAAGUGCCUGAUGAAAUUUUGCGUCGAUUAGCUCUUGUUGGUUUGGGUCGGACACGUUUAACUCGUUUAGCUGGUCUAGGCGGUUGGAAAGGAUUUGCAGGAUUCUUAGCUUACCGUUCAUUAUCAUCUACUUCACAAGAUACUUCAACAACUGAUAAUGAUGAUGAUGCUAAGGGGAAGGCUUUUGUGACUGAUGAUUUACAGGUGAUACAUUCAUUGUACAGUUAUUUUAGAAAUAUUUACAUGCACCUUGAUCGUCAUGAAAAAUGUUAUUUAGAAGAUAAUAAAAGUAAUUAUAAACAAGAGAGAUCAUUAUUCAAACAAGCCAUACCCAGUAGAAAAAUAUACAAUCCAUUACUAUUAUCAAAUAUAGAUUAUUUUAAUGAUGUCAAAAUUCAUCUUACUGGUAAUAAUAAUAUGAUUAAUAAUCAAGAAAAUAAUAAUAAUAAACAGUCUGUUGUAUGGAGUGAAAAACUUCAAGCAUGGACAGCCUCUGGUAAUCAGUUAUUUGAUCCACACGGUCAACGUCAACUAUGUCGACUUAGUAUGCAACAGUCAAUGGAUUUAAUGAAAAAAGUUCAGCUAAAUUAUGAAAAUUCUCGAAUCAAAUACAAAUUACCAUCCUACCCUACUAUGCCACCAGAACCAACGAAACUGAACCGUUAUCGUGAUCCAUCAGUAAUGUUAAUAAAAGAAGUAGAGGAUUCGUCAUCGUCGUCCUCUUCGUCCUCCUCCACAUCAUCAGAUGCAGAAAGUUCGGAUUCAGACAAUGAGUCACUUCAUCUUGAAGAUGUCGACUGAAACGAUAGCCAUGGCAAUAUUAUUAUUGAAUUCUAUCCUCUGUAAAAUACU